GAAGACGAUGAAGAUCCAGAAGAGGAUGGCGACUUCUCUGACCAGGAACAGGACCAAAAUGAUGCCGUGAAUUUCGCAGGGGGUGUGAAUUUCGCAGAGGCCGCGACGAAUUACAUUGGCCUCGGAGGUGCAGCAAGUAGUGCAAGUCAUGACGUUCACAAUCAUCACGUGCGGUC